CGACCCGCGCCAGUCUGCGCUCGGCAACCACGCUGUAACAUUGUGCGACGUCGUGUUGUGACGCUUCUGACAGUUGUUAUCGUGAUCGUGACAUGUUUUCGUAUCGGAACUAUGGUGUAUCCCCAUGAAAAUGUGGAGUGAUUUCCAGGGCUCGGGCGGCGGGUGCGGCGCCAAGCGGCGCGCCGGCUCCCCGUGCGAGGGCGGCGGCAAAGUCGCGCGCUGGGAGGACUCGAUAGCGAGACUAGAGGCGGUGGCCGCCGGCGCAGGCGGCGGGGACUGCUGGCGCGGCGAGGAGGACGAGCGGCGCGCGUGCCGCCGGCGCUGGUGCGGCGGCUGGUGCGGCGCGCACGACACCAUCCGCGCCGAGAACGGCAAGUCGUACCUGGAGCUGGGCGGCGCCGCGGCGCGCGCCUGCUGCGACGGCCGCGCGGCCGGCCGCUGCGCCUCGCGCCGCUGCUACCGCGAGCGCCGGCUCAAGAUGAUGAACCUAUGCGCGCUCAAGCUGGCGCGCUUCCGCCAGACGGCGGACCCUUCGCUGCGGCGGUCUGUGUUAGUGUGCAAUACGUUGCGAGGCAUCGAGCGCGAGAUGGAGCGCGAGAGCGUCGAGGAGGCGCCGUUCGAGGCGGCGUGCGCGGCGGGCGGCGCGGCCCGCUGCGACCUGCUGGCGGCGCGGGACCCGGCCGCGGGCCGCGCCACGCCCUUCCCCGCGCCGCCCGCGCCCGACCGCGACUCCGGCUACGGCGACGAGGAGCAGCGCACCAUCGACUGGGGCUCCGUGCUCAGUCUGUCGUCGCGCUCGGCGCUCGACCCCCCCGAGGACACGUGGCCCGACGACUGGGGUUGGAGCGAGGACAGCUUCGUGCGGCUGCUAGUGCCGACGAGUUAGUGGUCGGCGCGCGGGCCGGAGUGGUCCGCGCCCCCCUGAGCGCCUGUGAUACGCCCGCGGCCGGCCGCGCCCGCGCCGCUAGGUGACGUCCUCUAGUCGGCGCCGCGCCCGCCGGCGCCGGCGCCGCGCGACGCUACACGCAGUCAGUAGUUAGUAUUAUGUAAUUGCUAAAGGGAAGGUGCUAGCUUCGGACGUGACGCAGGACUUUAUAUGCGAGCCGAGUUAUUUUUGAUAGUUUUAUUUCUUUAAGUGAAUUCCAAACCGAAACUGGGAGUGAUUAGCUAAUGACGUUAUUAUCGUUUAAAUUAAAACUCAGGUGUUUGAAAUUUUUGUUGAAAUUAUUGUGUAAUUAAUUAGGUAAAAUACUAUAUUUAUUGUUUCGUUGAGAAGAAAAAGUGAUAGUUUGAAAUUAUUUCUGUCUUGGUAUUUUCUGUGUUAAGUAUCUGAACAACGAGCGUGAAUUGAGUGGGUUAUGUUUAAUAUGGAUAUCCCGUUCGUGGAAGUGUGAUCUUUUACUUGUAAUUUAAAUACAUUUCUAAGAAGUUUACCUCCGCUAUAUUAAGUUCUAUACAAUGAUUCACUGAAAGAGCACACCUCUCACGAAUAAGAUCUCACAAAGUACAUACUUCGACGAAUAUGUGUGGACAUGUGCCGACCGCGCACAUGACGCGGUCCGAACAACCGCGAACAAAUGUAAUUACUUAUAGUACUUAAUGUCGAACUUUCAUCGUGUCGCAGCGCCGCACGGUGUCGCACGGCGCCGCUCGGCGCCGCUCGGCGCCGCACGGCGCACGUGGCUGCACUCACCGGGUGUCAAUUACACAGCCUUACCCGCUAUCGCUACUAUGAAAGUUCCCGAUCCAACAGGACCGUGCAUUUCAUUCAUUGGAAUUUGUAACAUGACUGAUACUGUACACAUGUACUUAACCAUGCAUCGGAAUUGCUUACCAGAGCUCUGUCCAUUGCGGGCGCCUUCUAAUACCCGCGCGAUUUUACUCAUAGCGUUAAGAACUUUUAUUUAGAUGUAAAACUAAUCUUAAAUUAACACAUCAAAUAAUUUUCCGCAAUAAAAUAUUUACAAAUAUAACAGUGAAUUCACAGUUCCUAAUGUAUAAAAGUAAACUAUUAGUAAAAAUUGUAAUUUAUUUGCAGCAUUUAAUUCUAGUUUUUUACUAAAGCGGGAAUUGGAAGGCACCCGAAACCCUCUUUAAAUUUCUCGCUUAUCUUUGCUACAUUAUCCAUUUGUAUAAAAACGUACCUUAAAGCUAUAACUGAUUGUGAAUGCGCCGAGAUUUGAUACAUGUAAUAUCCUCGCAUAAAAUACAACCCGCUGUUGCUGGCGUGAGAGAUCUAGUCAAUGUGGUGCUGUGUGGUUGAGUUGUCUCGGCGACGCAGUGAUGUUGCGUCCCCGCGCAGCGACACCGGGUUGUGGCGUGCGACAGGCGGGGCUUCGCGGCCACGGCGCGCUACCACCGGCAGAACACGACGAUGUCCACUGACUGAAUGUUUUUCAUUUUCCGACUGAAUUUGCAUAUUCAAUUAGUUUAAUUUUGCCUCUGGUACCGCGCCCGUCACCCCCCGCGCCCGCUCCCAGCGCACCACGGAAUUGGGACUGCAUGGACCAAACAUACCUACCUAGCACGACUUCUAAUAGAGCAAAGUACAAAUUUCAAUAAAGUAAGAUGCAUUAGUGCUCCGGCAUGUUUGUCCACCGUUGUCAAUUACUCAAAUAUUUGAAUUGUGAUUCGGUAGCUAAUGAGAGAAAACUCUAUGUUCUUAAAUUUAGUGUACAUAUUAUAUACGGAGUUGGGCAUUAUGGCGCGAAGAAUCGCGGCCGUUGUAAAUAUAUUAUGUAAAGUAAUAAUUUUAUAUUAUGGAUGUGGAUGUGUAGCCGCUCAUCACGCCGCGCGCGCGCCGCCGCGCAGGCGUACUCGCCACCUUCCGACACCUCUAUUCUGUCCAAACACUCAAGUACAUACAGAUUUACAAGUUACAUAUUAUAAUGCAUUAUAAAAUUAGGUGUCACAAAAUUCUGUUGGCAGAUUUAUCACCUUUACGAACAACUUUUUAGUUAUAUGUAAUACUUUGAGUUGUAAACUCGGAUAAUGUUUAAAUUCAGCUCAAUCUUUAUUUUAUUGUCGUAUUUACUAGAUAUUUUGUUAAACAUGUCCGUAUGGUUGGUUGUGAUGGUUUACUUAAGUAAUUUAGUAACUAGUCGGCGAAUGCUCCGGUGUACUUUAAUGUUUACUACACUUUUGUACUACGAUCCUGUGCAGGCGCAUGCUUCUGACACACACCACUGGUCGCCGCACCCCGACUGCGUAUCAUACAUAAGCUCACGACUAAAUUCCCAAUUGAGGUAGUCAGAGGCACAUCCAUCGCAAGAUGGACUAAGUACUCACGCUUCACCGUGAUAGCUGUGUGUUUUCGUAUCGAUGUACUUAACUGUAAUUAUAUACAUAGUUUCAAAAUUAUCAUAAAUGUCAACUUUCACUUUAAACUCAAGAGCGGUGUGCGUCAGACACAUGCACUGCAAAUGCUUGCAAUUAUGUACAAACGAUCUUUCUCAUCCUGUCAUUUUCAUAGUCAGGUACUUGUACAAAUGUCUAAAUUAUCAUCCCGCUCAACACUCAAAGUCUUGUAUUUUCAUGUCUUCAGUGUAAAAAAUUGUGUAAUAUAAGUGGUGAGCACUAAAUAAUGAAUACUCUUGGAUGUGAGUGUUUGUGUUGUCAUACACUGCGACUUGCCAUAGUCUGUCGUCCCGUACUCGAGGCCGCCCCGCGGCAUGUUGUGACCUCAGCAAUAAUUGUUAUCACCGUAGACUCCUUGUGUCUCCGUCUUGUCCGGCCUGGAGCUUUUCAAAGAAAACUCCGGCCAAUCCAUACGUAACUUUAUUAUUACAUUGUGUAAGUAAUUCCUUAGUGUUUUUCAUUGCCAUUGGUUACCAAAAAUGACAGGAUUUUUAUUGAAACAAUUGUGAAUAAGAAAAACUCUCAUUAGAAAAUUGUGGAGCAAAUUGUAUGACUCUCGCGCACAUCGAAUUGUUGAAUGUUCCUCGUUACGGGUUAUUCAGUGUGUUGUAUCUCCAAUUGUCUAAUGAAAGAUUAUAUAAUUGUAAUAUAUUAUUGUUUAAGCUGUUGUGUCGAAAAUACAAGAACAGGAAUAAUUUUGUGAAACAAUGGCACAAAGAAUGAACAUAAAUAUUAUAUAUAUAUUAUAGAAACAGAAAUGUGGCUAUAAGAGCAAUUUUUAUAAUAAAUAUUUACUGUUGAAGA